UUAUCCAUUUUUUCCUUUUUGAGGAACACCUUGUCUACUUAUACUGAAGUCCUCAAUCACUUCUACCUUCAAUUACAGACGUGUUAAUCAUUUCAGCAAAUUUCGUUUCUUCAAUGUCAUAUUGACAUAGGACAGGCAGUAAAUGGUUGAAGAUGUCUAUGUUUCAAUGCAUCGUAGAGAACCUAAUGACGGGAGCCCAUCCAAAAGUAUUUUAGGCGUACUCCUUCGGCUCAUAAAAUUACGAAUUAGUAUUUUAUUUUAAUUAAUGAUAUUUUCCUUAAUUAGUCCUUUAUUUUUAUUUGUAUGGGUUUCCUUAAUUAUUCAUUUCAGGGUUUUUUUUGGGUUGACUAUAUAAACUUGAUGUUGAGAAUAUUCGACUACAUUUGAUGACUACUGAAAUCAUAGCAUUGUACUACCAAAAGGUGUCUUCUCAAAAUUCUACCCCAUUUCCCCAGAUUUCUUCCCCUCACAGGUUCUCUUUCUUAAUCUCAAUCCUCCUACUGAUCUUCUCAAUUACAGCCAUCUACAUCAAUUGGAGUUUCUUAACCGUAGCUCCCUCCUAGAUCUGGUUUUUGCAUCUCAGAUUUGCUGUUUUCGAAGGCGAUCUGUGAUUUUUGUGUUGUGAAACCAACCAAGAGUGAAAUUUCAAAGGAUCUACAGAAAGAGAAACCUAAGUGAAAUGAUGGAUGCUUCGGAAGAUAAAGAGAUUGAGCAGCAGCUUAUGAGAGCAGGGAAUCGGCUGGGUGAACCACCGUCUUCUGUCAAUGAACUCCUUGCUCUCCUUGAUCAACUCGAGCAAUGCCUAAGAAAGGUGGAGCAAGCGCCCAAAAAAUCUAUGCUAGAUGCACUUGAUCCAUCAUUGAAAGCUUUGGUUGCGAAUCAACUUAUCAGGCAUUCAGACGUUGAUGUCAAAGUCGCGGUUGCCUCUUGUAUCAUCGAGAUCAUGAGAAUAACGGCACCUGAAGCUCCUUAUUGUGAUGACCGGUUGAAGGAGAUCUUUCGGCUGAUGGUAUCAUCAUUCAAAAACCUAUCUGACAAAUCCAGUCGAUCAUACAACAAGAGGACCUCAAUUCUUGAAACUAUGGCAAAGGUGAGGUUAUGUGUGAUUAUGAUGGAUCUUGAAUGUGAUGCAUUGAUUAUUGAGAUGUUUCGGCAUUUUCUAGAAACAAUCAGGAAUUACCACCCUCAAAAAGUAUUCUCACACAUGGAGACAAUUAUGACCUGUAUUUUACAAGAAAUUGAUGAUAUUACUGUAGAGCUAAUAUCUCCAAUAUUAGCUAGUGUAAAGAACAAUGAAGGAGUUCUACCUAUUGCUCGGAAGCUGGGAGAGACAGUACUCAAAAAUUCUGCUAGUAGACUUGAACCAUGCCUGAUACAGGCGGUGAAAACAUUGGGCAUUUCUCGGGAUGAGUAUAGUAAAGUGGUCUAUUUCAUAUGUGAAGAGUUAUCCAUAUAUGAACACAAAGAUGUCCAUUCUGCCAAUGAACAUAUAGCCGAGGGAAGCAAGAUGGCAAAAGCUUCAUCUGUGGGUGAAGCAGAGCAGGUUAAGGAAGAGAUAGAAUCAGAAGCUGCUUCCCCUGAACAGAUUGGCCCUACAAAUGGCAAGUCUUCCAAGCCAGUUGGUGAUCCACAAAUUAGUGAAUAUGCAUCUUUAGUAGAUUCAGACUUAGGAAUGCCUUCUGCUGAAGAUGGGGAUAAAAAGGCAUCAGAGGGAACUGACAAUUCAGAAGCAAAACUCCAUAGUUGUUCUGGGAUAGAGGUGCCUACUCGGACCUCUAAUGAAACACCAAUCAUGGUAGAAGCAUCCAAGAGGGAAAUUCGAAUAGAAAAUGAUUCAGAGGCUAAAUCACCAAAACAGUUAGUCAAGAAAGUAGACUCCCUCAGUAAGAUUGGGGAUGGGAUUUCUCCCAUUCGAUUAGAAGAUAGAGGGCAGGUAAAUGCAGUCUAUGAAAAAGUUGUAAUUGAAGAUUCAACCAAAGAUGAUAAAGAAUUGAUCUCUUCUCCAAAGGCAGCCGAACACUAUUUAAAGGAGAGUUCAAAGUCAAAGUCCAAAAGGAAGCAUACCUCGGUGAAAGAUAAGGAACCUGAUGCUGAGGGUUCUGGUGAGAAUCUGGUUGGAAAGAAGGUCAAAGUCUGGUGGCCGAUAGACAAGACGUACUAUGAAGGUGUCAUUGGCACUUUUGAUUCUGUUAAGAAAGAGCAUAAGGUUUUAUACGUUGAUGGUGAUGUAGAAAUGCUAAAUCUCAAAAAGGAAAAGUGGAAGAUCAUUGCAGAUUUCUCAGGUUCAGAUGGUGAAGGAGCUGAUCAGCCAAGUCCAGAUGCAACCUCCGAAAUGCCCCCGAAAAAGAAACUGAAAACAAAUUCUGAUCAGCCAACUAAGCAUGGCAAGUUUGAUGCUUCUCAUAAAAGGGUUGGAAGUACUUCCUCCGGCAAAUCCAAAGGGGCAGGGACAAAGGGCAAAUCUAAGAAUGUUAGUAAAGCUGGUAGAAAAUCCAAUGCUGACUCUAAGAUUAUCAACAAGUCUGAUGAUGAUGAUGGUAGCAAAUCCAGACAUUAUACGCCAAAAAGUUUGCGUAAAUUGAAGAAGGAUGACAAAGUCGCAGCAAGGACUAGCAAUUCAAAGGAGGAGAGAACUAUCGCAUUGAAAACCUCCAAGCCCAAACAAGACAACUCUAAGAGUCGUCAGUCAAGAAAAUACACCCCAAAUGCAACCUCCAGUGGCAAGGGUAAAACCCCAAAAAGUGGUCAGAAGACUAGAGCUAAUGGUAGUGUCAAGUUGCAACCUGGUUCAUUGAAGGUGAAAGGAGCCGAGGAUAUGAAGGGUGACUCCAAUGAUACUGCAAAAGUCACUGAAAAAACAAAGGGAAAGUUGGCAAGCUCAUCAAAGGCACAGAAAAAGUAUCGAAGAGCCUAGAUUUAAUGAUCUCUAUGCAGUUUCUCUUUACUCUGAAGUGGUCUGUUUGUUCUGCCCUGCAAAUCGUUUAGGAACCAUUUGCCCCCUUUUGUUUCUUGUUUCUUUUCCAUGUGCAUGAGAUUUUGUAACCAGCAUUACAGUUACUAGUUUAUGUCUUCGGAUUGUUAUAUACUUAUAUCUGAAACUGUUAGUCUAUCUUAUGUGCAGCUGUGAUUACUUUUUCGUAUUCUAUUACGGUUUCCUAGAAUGUCUACAUGUUAUUUGACAAGACUAUAAUAUAGUGGAAUGUGGAUAGGCAUAAUUAAGAAGAUUAGAAUAUAUUUGGAUGUGUAUCAUAAUUUUUAUUUCUUUCAUAGUCAUUGCUUAAUAUUUUCAUGAAAGGGUAGGGAUGAUGCCAACCAAAACUAAAAUUCAAGAAAACCAUUGAGAUGGCUUGAACAAGUAGCGUACAACAUAUAGAUAAUGGAAUACUAUUUACAACUAAUGCUUAGGAUCCAAAACUAAACCAAAACACUCGAUGACAGAACAUCUCAUCAUCAUCAUCCGAGCCUUUAUCCCAAAAGUUUGGGGUCGACUACAUGAGUCUAUGAGAAAAAUCACAUCCACUAUGUGUAUUUGUUUUCGCCAUUUGUUUCUAUUUAGGAUCAUACUUCCAUAACUCAUAUUGAUUCCAUAACCUUUGUUACUACUUCAAGCCAUGUCUAUUUAGGUCCUCCUCUCCGCUUCCUAUUCUCUCUUAUACAAAUUUUCUCGAUUCUCUUCACCACCGCACCGUUAUCUCUACGUUGUGCAUGCCUAUACCAUCUUAAAUUGUUUCCUCGCAACUUAUCUUCAAUUGGUGCUACUCCUACCUUAGAUCUAAUAAUCUAUUUUCUUAUCCUAGCUUUCCUCGCGUGGCCAUACAUCCAAUGAAGCAUUUGAAUUUCUACUACAUGCAUUUUUUGGAUAUGUUGUCCCUUAAUAGCCCAACACCCAGAGCCAUACAUCAUCACGGGUCGUAUAGCUGACCUAUAGAAUUUUCCCUUCAACAUUAAAGGAAUCCUUCUAUCGCAUAAAACCCCAGGAUGCACUCCUCCACUUCAUCCACCCGUUCUUAAUCCUAUUAGCUACAUCUUCACUAAUAUCUCCAUCACAUCAUCUUGGAAAAUCAAGUCAAAAUAUUUAAAAACUUUACUUUUUGUUACUUUUCUCCCAUCUAAUUCAAUUAUUCCUUCGUUCCCUUUAUAUGUUUUAGUCCUACUUAGUUUAAAUCCUUUAAACUCUAAGGUUUGCCUCCACAUCUCGAGUUCUGAGUCAACUCUCAAUCUUGUCUCAUCCACUAGAACUAUAUCAUCCGCAAACAUGCACCAAAGUACCUCAUCUUGGUUGUAUCGUGUGAGUUCAUCCACCACUAUAACAAAUAGGAAUGGGCCUAGUGCCGACCCCUGGUACAAACCUAUUGUGAUGAAAAACUCCUAGGGAAGCUACGGAUAGGGAUUUUUUUUAACCAUGUUUACAUGAACAAACAAAAGACAUGUUAAGAUUAAUUAUUUUGCCAUUCAACCCAAUAAGUUAACUUGUUAGAUUGAGCAUUUCACAUCAUUGAGGAGUGAUUAGUGCCAUGGAAUUUGGGGAAAAGAAAAUUUGGGGAGUCAUUCUUAAAGUUAUGAAUUUUGAUUGAUUGGUGGUGAUUGGUAUCAUGGAAGAAGAAAUUAAAGCUUGGAACUGAAAAAAAAAAAUCCGAGGAAAAAGAAAUGGUUGUCGUGAUUCCACUCAUAGUUCACCGGAUCACAUGGAGAAAAAGGAAUACGAGGGGAAAUAAUUGCAAUCUUCAAAAUAUUUAACACUUUAAUCUAGGAAAAUAAUAAUGUGACAUUUCGGCUUAGCAAGAUAAUGAGAGAAAUAUAUGAGUUCGAAAUCUAAGUUUAUGAAGUCUGGAAUACUUUGAUCAUCUGAUCAUAUGCACUUAAGUGGGUCUGUGCAAAUAAAGAAGUUUAAAACAGCAUUUGAGGGCUUUCUUUCGGUGUUCAGAAAUCUAUUUUGUUGGUAAUCUGUAAAAUAGUUUGAAGUAAUUUAAUUGUUGCAGUGUAUAGUAUUUACGUCAUUUGGGAAAGAGAUUUUCAUCAAACGCUCAAGAUGUCAUUUCCCUUAAUAUUUUCGCAGCAUAGAAUUAAAAUCGCGCCAGGAACUCCUAAACCUGGAACAUUAAUAAGGUCUCACACGCCUCUCAUUUUCAUAUGAAUGCAGUUUCCCAAAACUAUGAAACCAAUACCAGAUCAAAAAGCUCACUUCUAGACAGCAACAUGUUUCAAUCAGAUAGCAGGAGCUUCCAUAUAACAGAUAUUAAGUGCAUCACAUUUCAAAAAUAAAUAUUCAAAAGAUCGGAAA